CGCCCCUCCCCUCGGGUCGGACGCUGCGCGGAGCCGCGGGCGGGCGGGCAGACGGACCGACCGACUGACUGACGGGAGGCCGGGAGGCGAGCAAGAUGGCGCAUACUCAGGGCACCAAGAGGAAAGUCUGUUACUACUACGAUGGGGAUGUUGGGAAUUACUAUUAUGGACAAGGCCACCCGAUGAAGCCUCACCGAAUCCGCAUGACUCACAACUUGCUGCUCAAUUACGGUCUCUACCGAAAAAUGGAAAUCUAUCGCCCUCACAAAGCUAAUGCUGAGGAGAUGACCAAGUACCACAGCGAUGACUACAUUAAAUUCUUGCGCUCCAUUCGCCCAGACAACAUGUCUGAGUACAGCAAGCAGAUGCAGAGAUUCAAUGUAGGUGAGGACUGUCCAGUAUUUGAUGGCCUGUUCGAGUUCUGUCAGUUAUCUACUGGUGGCUCUGUGGCAAGUGCUGUGAAACUUAAUAAGCAGCAGACGGACAUCGCUGUGAAUUGGGCUGGGGGCCUGCACCACGCAAAGAAGUCUGAGGCAUCUGGCUUCUGUUACGUCAACGAUAUCGUCUUGGCCAUCCUGGAACUGCUAAAGUAUCACCAGAGGGUGCUGUAUAUUGACAUUGAUAUUCACCAUGGUGAUGGCGUGGAAGAGGCCUUCUAUACCACAGACCGUGUCAUGACUGUGUCCUUUCAUAAAUAUGGAGAGUACUUCCCAGGAACUGGCGACUUGCGGGAUAUUGGGGCCGGCAAAGGCAAGUAUUAUGCUGUUAACUACCCGCUCCGAGAUGGCAUCGACGACGAGUCCUAUGAGGCCAUUUUCAAGCCGGUCAUGUCCAAGGUAAUGGAGAUGUUCCAGCCUAGUGCGGUGGUCUUACAGUGUGGCUCUGACUCCCUCUCUGGGGAUCGGUUAGGUUGCUUCAAUCUGACCAUCAAAGGGCACGCCAAGUGUGUGGAAUUUGUCAAGAGUUUCAACCUGCCCAUGCUGAUGCUAGGAGGAGGUGGUUACACCAUUCGGAACGUUGCCCGGUGCUGGACAUACGAAACAGCGGUGGCCCUGGACACGGAAAUCCCAAAUGAGCUGCCAUACAAUGACUACUUCGAAUACUUUGGACCAGACUUCAAGCUUCACAUCAGUCCUUCUAAUAUGACUAACCAGAACACUAAUGAGUACCUGGAGAAGAUCAAACAGCGGCUCUUUGAGAACCUGAGAAUGCUACCACAUGCACCUGGGGUUCAAAUGCAAGCAAUUCCUGAGGACGCCAUCCCAGAGGAGAGUGGCGAUGAGGAUGAAGAAGACCCUGACAAACGCAUCUCAAUCUGCUCCUCUGACAAACGAAUUGCCUGUGAGGAAGAAUUCUCCGACUCAGAUGAGGAGGGAGAAGGGGGCCGCAAGAAUUCUUCCAAUUUCAAAAAAGCCAAGAGAGUCAAAACAGAGGAUGAAAAAGAGAAAGAUCCAGAAGAGAAGAAAGAAGUUACAGAAGAGGAGAAAACCAAGGAGGAGAAGCCAGAAGCCAAAGGGGUCAAAGAAGAGGUCAAGUUGGCCUAAGCAGACCUCUCCAGCUGUGGUUUCUUACCAAGUUCCCUACCUUUCUCCCCAACCCCUCAGAUUUUAUAUUUUCUAUUUCUCUGCGUAUUUAUAUAAAAAUAUAUUAAAUAUAAAUAUCCCCAGGGACUAGAUAGGAACCAGGGCCCUAAGCCCAGGGCAGCAAUGCUGGGGGAAACUCUUCCAGUAGCUGCCUUGCCCCCAUUCCUCCCCAAGUCCUACUUCUGAAGCAUAAAAGGUGCAGGUCUGGGUGAAGGAUGCAGCCAUGACAAAAAUCCUGAAAUACCAAGUGCCUGCUUAGUCGUCCUGGAACAAUGCCCUUAUUAAGAAAUAGUGGCUGGGUAUUCAGGCACCCCCUGUUUUAAGUGAUAUCAGCCAUUUUUAGACUGGUUUCUGUUUUCAUCCCUUGCCACUGGCCUCAGGUGAGCCAAGAAUCUCAUAUUGCCCUGUCUUCCCCAAUUCUGUAGGUGGUUGGUAGUCUAGCUUCCUUUUUGAGAUACUAUUUUCAUUUUUGUGACUCUUUGUAAUAAAAUGGUACAUUUCUAUA